AUGGAGAGCAGGUGGCGGUCCUCACUGGAGGACUCGGGUGGUGCAGCCUCAGCCCUACGGCGUCUGACGCAAACUCCGCGUCUUGGACUGCGACGCCCCAGCUCAACAACGAGCUCAGCAUCAUCCAUUGUGUCCCACGAUCACACCGAUGAGCAGUUGCAAAACUCCUGCGUGUCCCGCGAGACGUCACAGGAUGACUGCUCUUUCAACAGAUUCAUGGUAUGGGCGGCCGUCAAGCGAAAUGCCUGCCAGAGGAUGACGCCCGAGGAGAGGAGAGAGUGUCCCCUGCUGCGCUGUCGCAAGCGCUUCCCGGAUCAUGAGAUGAUGCUCCAGCAUCUGUAUGUGUGCGACCAGCUCGUCGCCGGCGAGUACUGGUGCUACGAGUGCGCCAAAGUCGAGCGUUUCACAGACCCCAAGUGCAAGAAGUGCUGCCGUCAGUCGUCUAGUAAGAGGAAGAAGAUUAUGUUCAUGGCCAAGAAUUUCUUCAGCUCUCUGGGCCAUCGGUCAAGGACCGGCAGCCUGCUGGACCUGAGCUUGGAGUUUGAGGAUGGCCACCUGAGCUAUCGCGACUCCCUGGAUGACAUGCCCACGGGAUCGCCACAAAUCGAGUUGCAGGCCAACGAGAUUCAUGAAAUCGACUCACACGAACUGCCCCUCGACACCAUUCUGGAAAAUGUGCUAUUGGAGGAAGACGGAGACCAAGUACGGUGUCCGGACGGGCCACCACCCGAGAUUGCACUACAACAGCCUCAGCCGACUCCCCCGCCAGUGUUUGUUGUACCCAACUUUCCUUCAACAGUCCGCCCUGCCGAACUAGAGUCUGCCUCGACGAUUAUCGGAGGUCCAGGUCUGGUCCAUGAUGAGGCAACAAGGCUGCCGACAAUUGCACCAGCGGCUUUGAUCAGCCAGAACCAUGGUAGAGAGUUUGGAAAACCUAAUCUCCAGCUGUACACAUCUGCUACAGAGCUGCACCAGUAUCGGGCCCAGAAGCGACGAAGCAAGAACCUUGCACCAAGUUCGUCCGUCCGAUCCACGGCAAGUACCGCGAGCACCAACAGCACAUCCAGCACCGGGAGUUAUGACAUCUCCCCAAUGUCUGUCUGGUCGGGUAAUUGGGCCAGACACUCAGUGUUGGAUUCGACCCUGACCUCGCCUUCCGAUGAAUUUGAUCCAGAGAUGCCCUUCGAUAUUUCCAGCAAGCCCCACGGACUGAAUGAGACAAAUGAGGACUGGCAAGGAGACACCACUAUUCCAACAACAUUGCUCGCAGAACUUCCCGCCGAUGUUCCAAUGAUCGAUAUGCCCGAUGCUUCUCAGUCACUUCCCAGUAGCUUGGAUAGCUUUUUGACUCCGCAGUUGACGCUCGAUAUCUCCUCCACGCUUGACCUGGCCGCUGAGUUGGGUCUCAAACAACCCGACCUUAUUCAGACCGAGGCGCCCGCACCCCGUGUCGAAAUUCCUGCUGCAAGGAAGCCGCAUACCAGUGCUAAUUCGCUUGUGUCUACUACAUGGGAGGCUCUUAGCAUGCACGUUGUGGAGUCAAUGGAAAGAAUCCGCCUUGUUGAACAGAACCCGCUCGUAGACAAACUCUGCAGCUUGUCUCCGGACGCCGUCGGGCUUGCCGGUCUCGAAACUCUGAAGAGAAUAUUAGAUGGAACUCCGGUUGAUUCGGCUGUCGAUAUUCUUUGUUUCGUUCACCUGAUUUAUUCGUUCUACCUCGUCAUUCAUGAGAAGGAUGCUCCUACCCGAGGCACCAAGCUAUUCACACAAGCAGUAUCGUAUGCAUCGAGACUUCGAGAGGAUCGCCAAGCUUACCUUACUAUCGUUGAUCUACUGUGGAAACCAAGCGACAUGAAACACGAGGAGGUUGUCGGCAUCAUCCGGAAAACAUCAAUAUCUUCGCGAACCAAAUCUCUCAAAGGGCAAGAACCUCUCACUGUGUGCGAGUCCCCGCUUGAUGACUCUCUUGUAUUGGUCGCACGAUUUUUCUUAGAUGAACUUGAAUAUUCUGCCAUUCACGAGUCGUCUCGUACCGAGAUCCAACACUCCGAUUUAUGUAUCCAACACGUUAGCGAGGCAAGCCUCUCCCUACACGAGAAUCCGUCAUUCAACGUUGCUGUCCAGUACCUACGGCAAGCACUUGUAAAAGAAUAUGCAAACGCUCCGGCAUUCAUUGAGCAGGUCAAUGAACUUCUGACUUCAAGACUCACCAGCUCUUGGCCAACUCCACGUCAACUGGAGUUGGAACUGAUGAAUAUUGGAAAGGCUUCACUUGAUCCCGCUCGAUACUUUGACCACUUUGUUCCUACUGUCCGCUCACAUGUCGACUUGUACUUUGCCAUCAUAUCGGAUCAACAUUCGAUGAGAUUACUCUACCACAAACUUGGAGUUUCACUUAUCGAGUUAAUUGUCCGGAUGUCAAGAGCCAAGGAUAUGCCAGCGAACGAUGCAGCCCACUCCACGUUACAAUCAGACACAAUCGACGAGUUCAUUAGAACGCUCACCCCAAGCUUAGACACAUUUAAUAAUCUACAACGAGACUCGGACUUCGACGCCGACUUCUUUACAUUUCAAUCAGGAAACAUUUCGGACUCAUCUGUCACGCCCGAUGGCCCCUCGACUGGCCCAGUACCUUCCACUGCAGCAACAUCACCACCUUCUCCAGAGCAUGCUUCUACAAAUGGGUCCAAGACGGAAUCCGACAGC